AUGAAGGAGAUCCUCGACGAAGCCGCGUUCAGGAGCUCUGCGCUGGAUGAUGUCGAGGAAAAAAGAGAAAUUGCCCAAUUGAACGGCGACCAUCGGGCCCUGAAACAGCUGAAAGAACUGGAAGCGAAGCUGGAACGUCGCAGAGUGGAGAAUAACCUCUUCAUCCAGGCGGUCAGCGACGCCACAGACUUCGAACAGGAGCGGGAGAGACUCGACAACAACGUCCUGCACAAGGCCCGCAGCCGUCGCGAGCUUCUCCAAACCUCCCUCGCCAAGGGCACCAGCUUCGUCCUUCCCUCGCAGUCCAAGUCCAACUGCCCCCAAACCAACGCCGCAGAAGCUUGCACUCCGCUGCCGGGUUUCCCAUCGGCCCGAUAUCCCGAGCCGAGACGAGCAGGUGGCGGCGCAGGAGGGAGCGGGGCCGGCGGAAACGGCCGAGUUCGCUUCGUCGAAAGCUGCAAGGAUGGCGAGAGUUGUGCCAGUAACUCCGCCAUCGUUUACAACAAAGGUGAUAGAGAGUCCCGGACCUUGGUGGCACAGGAACACCACCUUCGGCAACGGAGGCUCCACCACCAGAACUUCAAGAAGAGCGCUAGCGCUAGGAAGUUGGCGGAAACUGACGGUAUGGCCGGGGCAAGUUCGCCAUCUCCAUAUCUUGGUGGCGGUGGCGGACGCGGCAAUGAUGGUUCCGUAGGAGAAGGCCAUGUCGUCGUCACCACUAGUGUAGGAGGGUACUCCAGAGACAAAGAGGGAUCUUUAGUACUGUCCGCUGGACGUAUGACCGACGGUCCUGCACCGUCAGCCGUUUCCUGCACGCAAGCGGAGGUGGAUUUUAGCGGGGGGAGUGGCAGCACCACAACAGGCCGCCAAGGCAGCACAGACGACAAGUUUGCUCGCGUCGGACAGGACGGCGAUUCACCUUGCCCUGAACGGUUGGGCAGUGCUAGUCUUGACUGCACCAAUGUCGGGGGCCGCGGGGAAGGGCAGGGCGAGGCGCCUCGUAGCGGUGAAGGUCAACACCUUGCAUCAAGGGGAAAUGGAGUUUAUUCCAUCGACCAGGGCUCGACGACGAUAUCAGCGAUGGGAUUGACGGAAUGGUCAGCUACAGCAGCAGCAGCAGCAGCAGCAGCAGCAGCAGAAGCGGCAGCGGUGGUCGCCAAGGAACCGACCGAAAGAGAGAACAAUUCAUCUUCGGCAACGGAACCACGAACACCUGUCGAGGGCACUCCUUGCCGUCCCGACGUGGAAGAUGACGUGGUGGCAGGGCAAAAGGGAAGGCAGCCAGAAUCAACUACAACCGGCUUGGACUGGUACAAAUGCACCCAGCUCAGUGUUGAGGCAAGCAGGGCAAUAGGGGGGGUGGCGGCCGCGGACCGACGUGUGGAGUCCCGAGGCUCCAAUUCGACAGCUGGCUGUGCGUGAGCAUCACUCUUUGCCCAAGGCGUAGGCUCCGGUAGUUGGGGUUCGCGAGCAUUCACCGGGGCAAUUGGAGGAGGGGUUGUGGCUCUUCUCUGAUGCAUCGUGCUGCGUCGCUUAACCUCAGUGGUGAAGUGUGCGGCUCAACUACAGUACUUGCCUGCUGCGUGGGAAUCCCUCACCCAUCAUGCCAAUAGUAUCUUCGCUCAGCUGAACGGUUCGUUGCGUCUGGGAUUUCAUGCACCGGGUACGAGUAACUUUUUUUUCCCUUGUAGGUGGAAUAGCGAGUGUCUAUUGCGGCCAUAGCAGGCCAACAGAGUUUGGCAGAAUCUGUUGCGGAGGGGAUACGGGGGUGAGCUCUACAAUAGGCUAUGACGGUAUUUUUAUUACAGUACGCCGUGCGACCAUAAGGUCUACGCCAUUUGUCCCAAUGUUCUACACCCUA